AUAGUGCUAAUUUUCAUAUGGUUGUAGUCAGUAUUGCAUCAGUGCAGCAUGUUCGUGUUCUUUUAACCUACGCAGUCUUCACAAUAUAAACAACAAAAUGUUAUUGUAAACAUCGAAAUAAUGAUUAGUUACUGUCCUCUGUGUGGAAAUUUAAUGUUCCUGCAACAGGGAUCCGGUCGCAUGCAGUUAACCUGCAACGUGUGUCCUAUUGUACAACCAAUCAAGCAAACAAUCACGAGUCGCACGUUUUAUAAACUAAAGGAAAUCGACGAAGUCCUGGGCGGUGCAGAAGCCUGGAAAAACGUUGACAACACCGAAGAACGUUGUCCUAAAUGUGCGCAUCCAAGAGCAUAUUUCAUGCAGAUUCAAACCCGUUCCGCUGACGAACCGAUGACCACGUUCUACAGAUGCUGCAGCGUUGAAUGUGGACACAACUGGCGUGACUAGGUUUAUUUACUCAAUCUCAAACUAAUAUAGAAAAAAGAAUGAGAGUGGUUACUAA